AUGGCUCAGUCAGGCUCCUGCCCAAACUCAGAUCUGUCAAAUGGUGCCAUCGUCCACAGCCCACAAGGCAUUUGCUCAGACCUGGAUACCCAGAGAGGAAGAGAGGAUGAAGAGGGAGAAGAGGAAGAUGAAGAUGUUGAACUAGCCGAGGAAGUAGGGGAGGAUGUUUUGAUGAUGGCUGAAGCAGAAGAAGGGGAAGCCAAAGGAGAGAGCAAAGAGCAGAGUGAAAGGGAGGAAGUGAGGAUUAUCCAAGUGGCUCUGUUACCAAAUGGAGUAAUAGAAGAGGGGGAGGGAGGAGGUGAAAAACUGGAGGAAACCUGUGAGGGAGGGGUAGAAGUUGGGAAUGAAGAGCAAAACACGAUAGAUGAACAGACAAGAGAGGAAGAGGGUGAAAGCAAGGGAGAGCAAGAGCCGAUAGACACAACAACAGUGAGUGAAGAUCCAUGUCAUUUUUCAGCAUCAGUAGAGGCAGAGAAAGGUGAAAAGCAGAUAGUAGACGGCAAUGAUGAAAAUGAAGAAAACAGGGAAGAUGAAGAAAAUGAAAUAGAGGCUUCCAGUACUCUUGUAGAAGAGUCAGAAGAAGGUACACUGGUAUCUGCAGAUGAAACAGACAAAACAGAUGAGGUUACUCUACCCACUGAUGUUGAAGUAACCGAAACCUUUGAGGAUCCAGCAAUAGAUGCGACCCCUGUUGCCACGGAGAUAAAAGAACAAGUCAAUAGUCAAGUUGAUCUUUGCCUAACCUCAACUGUUUGUGACAAUGACAUACCCUUUGAUACAACUGGUACAACUGAAGUGGUGGCCAGUCAGACCAACGAAGUUACCAGUGAGAAGGAAGAUGAAAUAAAUAAUACUAAUGAGGAGAACUUAGAAUGCAGUAAACAGGAAGUUGAGUCCAUUGAUAAUAACACCACAUGGCAACAGGAGGAUUGCAUAGAGGCAAAGGUUGAUGAUGCGGAAACCACAGAGUUUGUGAAAGAUGCAAUGUCCACUUCUGAUGAUGGUCAAGACAUAGAAGGUGAAGCAGAUCUUAAUGUAGAGACACCAGACUUUGCCUUUGAACCCUUUGAAGAACAGUCACAAACAGAGGGAGGGGUUGAGGAAACAAGCAUGGUAGGGAUCAACCAGAAUGAGCAAGAGGAAAAGCAAGUGCGACAGGUUGAGGUUAAUACUCUAUCAUUAAUGGAUGGGGGAGGGCAGAGUACGGAAGAGGAUGGGAAGACAGGCGAUAACGUUAUUAGAGAGUCAAAAGGUGAGGAGGAGCACAGACAAAGAGGCGAUCUACAAAUGUGCGAAGAGAUUGUUCAAAUAAAAGACCAGGAUAAGGUAGAUCUCCAAGAAGCUGUACCGCAGUGUGUGGAGGAGGUAGUUUCAGUGACACGGCAAGAUUUGGACCUGGUGGAAGAGGCCUUUGAGCCGGAGGAAGGGGGUGAAGUUGAACCUAAUCAGCCACAAGCUGAGGUGACACUAGAGGAGAAUGAGUCUACAACAGAGAAGGGAAGGGAUUUGCAACAACAUCCUUCACUCAAAGAAGCAGAAACAGACUGGGGGGAAAAAUUGAAAGAACAGACACAAGAGCAGGCUCUUGUAGAAGACGAGAGAGGAGGAGGAGCAGAAGAAGAAGAAAUGGAGGGAGAGGUCGAGAUGGCAGAAGAGCCUGUGACUGUUUUAGAUGAUGAGAUUGAAGAGAUAGAGGAGAGUCAGAGGAGAGAACUUGAAGAACAAAAAACUGUUGAGACGAUGGAUCAAGAGGAUCAAGAAGUGCAAGAACAGAAGCAAAAACUUAGUAAAGACAAUGAUGAAAAACAGAAAAAUGAAAAAGAAGAGGUAGAAAAGGAUAAAAAGCUAAAAGAUGCCAACAGAGAGAUAGAGCUGGAUAUCAACGGAAGAGUUAAAGUACUGAGGCAAGCAAUGGAGAAUGGAAUUUUGUGUCCUGAGCCACAGCCACUGAGAAAAGAAGAAUGGGGGACGACAAGAGUACUUUCACCCAGGAGAAAAGAUAACGACUGGAUCAAAAAAGUUCAAAACCAGGAAGAGACAGCACCAGAAGUUAAAGACUGGAGAAAAGAACUGAAGGCUGUGAAAAAAGACAUCUGGGAGUCUGAGAGGGGAAGAAAAGAAUUGCCGAAAAAGGAAACAUCAUCAGAAGAGAAAAGUCCUCCAAGGAAAGAGGACUGGAUAAAGGAGCUGAAGUCAGUGAUCAAACAGGAAUCCCUACCCAAAAAGAGGGACGAGCAAGUGAAGAAAAAGCGAGUGGUGCUAUUGGAGGAUGGCCACUCAUACAUCCCCCAGCGGGAGGAGAUGAUCGAGGAGAAAAAAGAGGAGGUGAAACUUAUUUCUCAUAGGAGGAUGGAUGCUUUGCCCCCUGGGCACAGGAACAGCAAAGCACCCCAAGACCAGGACUACGAGAUCUCACUCUAUGUCAAGGCGGGGAGUGAUGGGGAGAGCAUUGGUAACUGCCCCUUCUCUCAGAGACUCUUUAUGAUCCUGUGGCUUAAAGGAGUCAUCUUCAACGUCACCACUGUUGACCUCAAAAGGAAGCCGGCUGACCUGCAGGACCUCGCUCCAGGAACCAACCCACCUUUUGUGACCUUUAAUGGCGAGGUCAAAGUUGAUGUUAACAAGAUAGAGGAGUUCCUGGAGGAGAAACUGACCCCACCACGCUACCCCAGACUGGCUCCCAGACACCCUGAGGCCAACACAGCCGGCAUCGAUGUGUUUGCCAAAUUCUCUGCUUACAUCAAAAACCCGAGGAAAGACACCAAUGACGCCUUAGAGAAAGCCUUGCUGAAGUCUCUCCGGCGUCUCGAUGACUUCCUGAGGACCCCCCUGCCUGCAGAGAUUGAUGCCAACGCUUCAGGAGAUCUGCCCGAGUCCUCCAGGAACUUCCUAGAUGGGUCUGAGCUCACCCUGGCUGACUGCAACCUGUUGCCUAAACUACACAUCCUUAAGGUCGUCGCCAAGAAAUACAGAGGCUUUGAGAUCCCAGCGGAGAUGACGGGGUUGUGGAGGUACUUAAAUCGCGCCUAUCAGAGGGAGGAGUUCACCAGCACCUGCCCUGCUGAGAAGGAGAUCCACUUUGCCUAUCUGGAUGUGGCAAAACAAAUCAAAUAAGUUGAAGAGUGGAUGGUAACAGAAGGAAGGAGAGAGGAGACAUAUGACUAGGAGACCAUGGAUAGAUUUAGCAUUCAUAUCCUUAGGAGGUACAACAAGUAGGUACGUAGUCUAGUCAACUAGGCUAAAUGAAGAAUAACCACUCCAAGUAAUAGACUAAGCCCAUCGAACAUCAACAGCUCUUUUAUAAAUUUAAUAUCUGUGUGUGUGUGUGUG